AAUGAGCCAGCAUCAAUCAGUCGCAAUCAGUCAGUCGUGCGCCGUGCUCGUCUCAGCUGCGUUCUCAUUGGUGUCGAGUGAGUGCUUAGUGUGUGAGUGUGUGUGAUGCCCGCAAUGCCGGCCUGCACAGAAGAAUCAGUCGGGCCGCUGUGGUCCUCACAGAACGGCUGCAUUCACAGGCCCAAAAGUGUGUCCCCGCCAUCACCUGCUUCAUCCGUCACCUCAGGACCCGUUUCACCGCCGUUCCGGCUCGAUCGCUCCCUCUCUCUAGGCUCCAUAGGCCGGCCCUCCUCUCCAGAAGAGAGACCAGAACCUCAACUCGGACUUCUUGCACGCCUUAUCGGCUGGUACCCUUCAUUCAUACUCCACUUCACCAGAAACCUAAUCGCUACAGUGAUCUACCUUGCAUGGAGUCAGUUCUUCCUCAUUGGACCAACACUCUGGUUGACCACAUGUCUGUGGAUGAUCACCAAAUGCCUUAGUAUCCCACUCGCUAUAAUCAAAUGGGUUCUCACAGUCCUACAUACUCCUGCUUCGGAAAGAUCACGCAAGAAACGCACAGUUAUGAUCAGCUGUGGCAGUACUGUGCAGGCGCUUCACUUGGCAAGGAACUUCUACAGCGCUGGAUUUCGAGUUGUCGUCUUCGAGUUGGAAGGUCUGUUUGGAUUGGCUCGCUUUUCAAUGGCUGUCAACAAAUUCUACACCGUUCCUCGACCAAUGGGCGAUCGAUCUGAAGCUUACAUAAGCGCAGUUGUUUCAAUCGCUGAGAAAGAGAAAGUAUCUUACUACGUUCCCGUCAGCAUAACUUCAACUGCAUACUUCGAUGCGCAAGUUAAACCUCGCUUAGAACUAAUGGGGUGUACUGUAUUUUGUCCUGGUUUGAAAGAGGUCUGUGUCUUAGAUGAUGUUUAUGAGUUGAUGAGGAGAUGUCAGUCAGAAGGUAUGGCUACGCCAAUGCAUUACCCGAUAUUUUCCAAGGAGGAUAUAGCAAGGUUGUAUGAGAAGGGAACAUUAAAAGCAGGUGUGCAUAUGAUGGUUAAUGUUGGUACGUUGGGCUGCCGCGAUCGUGUUAAGCUGGAGGUGCCGAAUGAUCGUAGGAAGUUUCGACUGACACACAGUGUCAACCAUCAACGGCCAUGGAUAAUAGUGAGAGAUUAUCCGGGGGAUCAUUAUGUUACAUGUACUACUGUGAAGGAGUCGCAGGUGGUUGCAAACGUGACGUGUCGAGUUGAGCCACAUGGGGGGCUGACACCGGUCGACAGGAACGAGAUUGAUAUCUGGCUGCAGCAGUUUUUCAACAAGCUGCGAUUCUUGCGUCCGGUCACUGGCCACCUGGGCUUUCGUUUUGCCGAGUCGACAAUCAGCGGCAGCAUCGUGCCACUCGGCUGUCGCGUCGGCGUGUCGCUGCCCUACAUCUGUCACACGAGCGACCACACGCGCAUACUGUGCAAGCCGUGUCGCCACUUCAACAGCCACAACGUGCAGAGGCCACUCGUCAACGAGUCGGGUCGCUACUGGAUGCACGAGGUUGUCAUCAACACACUGAAGAGUCCCGGACCCGAGUCGAUAGGUCGACUGUUCGGCACGCUGCUCGACAAGCGCGAGGUGCUCUUCGUCUACUGGGACCCUCUGCCCUAUUGCGCCUACUAUCACCUGCAGCUGCCGCUCAGCAACGUCAUGAGGUUCCUGCGCGGAAGGAGAGUCGAGCAUAAUAAGAUGAACCACGCCAGGUUCAACAGGGCGUUCUCUAUACCCGUGUAUUCGCUACCUCAACACUAAGUCAGUUAAAUGAAAUGUGGAAUGUGUCGUUACUGAUUCAUUAUUUUCUCGAGACACUUGAAUAGACUGAAUUUCAUUUUAUAUUUACCUUGAAAUGUAAUGUUAAAAAGGUGCGAUAUAUAGUAUGAAUGUGAGUGGCUGUAUUUAUAAUCUGAUGGACAGUGUGUGAAAGGACAUUUUGACUUGUAUGUUUUAAUACAAAUCAUUGUAUGAACCAGAGAGAAUGAACUACAGGUAUACUAUUCUAUUUUUCCACUUAUCAAUAUUUCAAGAGUUACUAGAAUAUUCAAUAAUUAGAUUUAAAUGAUCGUUCUACUGGUGAUAUAUAACAACUCAAUUAACUAUCAUGAAUUCUAUUGAAUAUUUCCCAUUGACAGAUAACUCAUUUCCAAAUGUCAUUCUAAUGCCAAAAAUUCAUAAAUAUCAAAAUAAACCUAAAGAGUUCACGUUCUUUGCUGUUUCAUAAAUCAAAACUGGAUAAAGCUUUAUCUCAAAACGCCCUCAUUUAUUUUGUACAGAUCACUUACUUCAACCUAUUGGCCCUUGUUCAAAAGCCAACAUUCAAAAUGAAAUCAGUUAGUAACCUCAAACUGUUGCUAUUUCAGUAAUAAAUUGAAUCAUAUUAUAUUAUCAUUUAUCAAUAAUUUAUAUUAAAAGCUCGUUCGGUCAUAUAUGACGUGAUGUAUAGUUGAGAUAUUGCAAUUAGAAAAGGAAGAAAAAUCUUGACUUGAUAUUGUUCUCACCAAUAACUUACUGUAGCCUAUCCUCUUCUAUUUCAACUAUUGAUUUCAUAAAUAUUUCUUCAAUUAAAUACUUAAUAAAUUGAAAAAUAUUAAUAAUCACAAAAUUAAAAAUAUCAACAGGCUUCAACAACUGCAUAAUAUAAAUAGACAGUCAUGAAAUAAACAUGUCAAUUGCAAAACUGCAUAAUUUCGCUUUGUGAAUCUUAUUAAAAUCGCUAGAAGUCAAGUGAUGACAAAAUUAAUAUAAAAAUAAAAAGAAUGAUUUUUUGUUUUGGUGACGUGUCGAAGUUGGACGUUUUCAACUCUAUUCACGUGAUCGAUACAUGGUGAAUAUUCAAUAGAUUGUUUGUUAGUUUAUUAAGCUGUUGUGUAACUUCAAAUAAUCAACUAUCAAGGGAAAAAUUCUUACAUUGUAAUUGACCAAAUUAAACUUUGAUAAUAAGCCAAAUCACUGAAAUUUUAUAGAUUACGUUGUUUUACUACUUGUGACUUUUCAAACUUGAUUUAGGAAAAUAUUCUAUGAUGAAAGAUAAAAUCAAAAUAAGCUUUACAGUAGUAGGACUUCAUCGGGUGUUUAUUCUGAACUCAAUUUUUUGCAAAUCCCCAGUUGUAAUAGAAUAAUUAACUUCAGUUACAGAUAAAUAUAUUAUCCAUGUUACAGAUACUAUAUUAUGUAUGUUAUUAAUUGAAAACUCUUGCAAAAUAUAUCGUUAUAUUGAAGUUAUGUCUAAGAUAUAAGUUUUAAAUAUGAGAAAUACCUAAUAUACUAUUCAAAUUUUAAAUUUAAAGAAUAAAAACGGGGCUCCCAGUACCUAUUGGGAUUUGAUGGUUUAUUUCUGUUUCCAUGUUGAUAAUUUUGAAACACAUUAGCUGGUAAAUUAUUGAUUGAGAUGCACGGCUUCGGUGUGUUUAAAACGGCAAACCCCUAUUUUUCAUUGCUAUAAUGAUCAUGUUAUGAUGUAGUGUACCUACCUGACUAUUGCCAGCCUGUUGAUUACAGGCCGAAUUACAGGAAUUUUUCAAGUUUCACAAAUUUAUGACUACUGAUAAAAACUUCCUAUCCUUACCUCACCAUCUAGAAAUAGAAUAAGCGUUCUUAAAUGUUUCAUAUACUAUCUUUUUUCUUAGGUUUGGUGAGAAAUGCGAUAAGUGGAUGUAUUUUCAUACAUUAUCAAACAUGUACAAAUUGAUUUAACUCUUACAAUGCUCGGAAGAGUUUUUUCAAAUAUUUGUGGUGAACGUGACUUUUGCUAUCGAUUUGAACUCUGAAAACAAUAUUGAACAAUAAAGGCUGAUAAUGUUAUCAAUAUUAUGUGAAUAAUGUAUAGCUCAUGAUAAUCUUUUUCUUAUUUUUAGCAGUAAAUUAUUUAGAAUAAUUAAGUUUCAGAUAACACAAUAGGUUAAGUUUAUCAAGAAAAGUAUAUUGUUACCAAUAAGAAUACUAUUAAAGUCUAUUUCAUCUUUA